AUGGGAGGGGAAAACAUCAAGGAGACAAACUUGGAGGAUGCGGAUAGCGGCUUGGCCUUCUUUAGAAAUAUGUAUGAUAAGUAUAGGGACGCAUUCCUGAGCCACCUGAAUGAGUACUCCCUGGAAGAGGAAAUCAAGGAGCACAUCUCAAAAUACUACAAGGUGCUUUUUGAUUACAACUGCUUGGGGGGAAAAAACAACAGAGGAAUCUUAGUCAUCCUCAUUUACGAAUAUGUCAAGAAUAGAGACAUCAACAACAGCGAGUGGGAGAAGGCUGCCUGUUUGGCGUGGUGCAUAGAAAUCCUGCAGGCCUCCUUCCUAGUGGCCGACGACAUCAUGGACAAAGGAGAGACGCGAAGGAACAAAUACUGCUGGUACCUAUUAAAAGACGUGGAGACGAAGAACGCCGUGAACGACAUUCUGAUGCUGUAUAACUCGAUUUACAAACUGAUCGAAAUAUACCUUCGGAACGAGAGCUGCUACGUGGACGUCCUCUCAACCUUUAGAGACGUCACCCUAAAGACAAUCAUCGGACAGCACCUCGACACGAACAUCUUUUCGGACAAGUACUCUGAUGUGAACCGAGAGAUUGACGUGAACAAUAUAAACGUGCCGGAACAGCCAGUCAUUAAUAUGAAGCUGAUCAAUUUCAAGGUCUACAAAAAUAUAGUUAUCCACAAGACGGCCUAUUACUCCUUCUUUCUGCCCAUUAUGUGUGGAAUGCUACUAGCCGGAAUAUCCAUAGACAAUUUAAUUUACAAAAAAAUUGAAGACAUCUCUAUGUUAAUGGGGGAGUACUUCCAGAUCCAUGACGACUAUUUGGACAUCUUCGGAGACAGCACAAAGACAGGGAAGGUUGGCUCGGACAUUCAGAACAACAAAUUGACGUGGCCCUUGGUAAAGACCUUUGAAGUAUGCUCCGAAUCGGACAAGAUAAAAAUAGUAAAAAAUUACGGCAAGAAUAACUUAGCCUGUGUAAAAAUUAUCGACAGCAUUUAUGAGCAGUACAAGAUUAAGAAGCACUAUGAGAAUUACGAAAAGGCUCAGAAGGAGAAAAUAUUGAGGUAA